AUGGCACAGUGGGAAAUGCUGCAGAAUCUUGACAGCCCAUUUCAGGAUCAGCUGCACCAGCUCUACUCAAAUACCCCCUUGCCAAUGGACAUUCGACAGCACUUGGCUGCCUGGAUUGAAGAUCAGAACUGGAAGGAAGCUGCUCUGGGCAAGGAUGAUUCCAAGGCUAAAAUGCUCUUCUUCCAUUUCUUGGACCAGCUGAACUAUGACUGUGGCUUUUACAGUCAGGACCCUAACUACUUGUUGCUACAGCACAACAUGCGAAAAUUUGCUCGGGACAUUCUGGCAUUUCCCAAGGGCCCAACAGGUUUGACUGAGAUGCUCUUUAAUCUCCUUCUGGAAGAAAAAAGGAUUCUCUCCAAUGCUCAGAAGGCUCAGUUGGACCAAAGAGAGCCAUCCCUCGAUGCACCUGUGGAGAGCCAGCAGAAUGAGAUUGAAUCGCGGAUCCUGGAAUUAAGGGCUAUGAUGGAGAAACUAGUGAAGUCCAUCAGUCAAUUGAAAGACCAGCAGGAUGUCUUCUGGUUCAGAUAUAAGACCCAGGCCUCAGGGAAGACAACUUCUAUGGACCCUCAUCUAGCCAGACAACAGCAGCGUCUGCAAGAAACUGCCAAUGAAUUGGACAGAAAGAGGAAGGAGGUGCUGGAUGCCUCCAAAGCACUACUGGGCCGAUUAACUACCCUAGUUGACCUACUGCUGCCGAAGUUAGAGGAGUGGAAAGUCCAACAACAAAAAGCCUGCAUUGGAGCCCCCGUACAGAGAUUAGAAAAACUGGAGAAGUGGUUCACAGAUGGAGCAAAAAUCUUGUUUCAUUUACGGCAGCAAUUGAAGGAGUUGAAGAGAUUGAAUCACAUGCUUAACUAUCACAAGGAUCCUUUGACUGAAGGGGUAGACUUGCAGGAAGCCCAGGUCACAGAAUUGUUACAGCGUCUGCUGCAAAGUGCUUUUGUGGUAGAAACCCAGCCCUGCAUGCCCCAAACUCUUCACCGACCCCUCAUCCUCAAGACUGGGAACAAAUUCAGUGUACGAACAAGGCUGCUGGUACGACUCCAGGAAGGUAGUGAGUCACUGACUGUGGAAGUUUUCAUUGACCGGAAUCCUCCUCAAACACAAGGCUUCCGGAAGUUCAACAUUCUGACUUCAAACCAGAAGACUUUGACGCCUGAGAAGGGGCAGAGACAGGGCAUAAUUUGGGACUUCACAUUCUUGACUCUGGUGGAGCAGCGUUCAGGUGGUUCAGGAAAAGGCAGCAAUAAGGGGCCGCUAAGUGUAACAGAAGAACUGCAUAUCAUCAGCUUCACGGUCAAAUACACCUACCAGGGUCUGAAGCAGGAGCUCAGAACGGACACUCUCCCUGUGGUGAUUAUUUCUAACAUGAACCAACUCUCCAUUGCCUGGGCCUCAAUUCUCUGGUUCAAUCUGCUCAGUAAGAACCUGCAGGACCAACAGUUCUUCUCCAGCCCACCCCUGGCACCCUGGAGCUUGCUGGGCCCUGCUCUCAGCUGGCAGUUCUCCUCCUACAUUGGUCGAGAACUCAACCGAAAGCAGCUGAACAUGCUGAGGGACAAACUGUUUGGGAAGAACUCCAAGAUGGAGAAUGCAUUGUCCUGGGUGAACUUCACUAAGCGAGAAAGCCCCCCUGGCAAGUUGCCAUUUUGGACUUGGCUGGACAAAAUUCUAGACCUGGUUCAUGAUCAUUUGAAGGACCUGUGGAAUGAAGGCUACAUCAUGGGAUUUGUGAGCCGGGUCCAGGAACGCCAGCUGCUGAAGAAGACCAUCUCUGGCACCUUUCUACUGCGCUUCAGUGAAACAUCAGAAGGAGGCAUUACCUGCUCCUGGGUGGAGCAUCAGGAUGAUGAUAAGGUGUUGAUCUACUCUGUGCAGCCCUAUACCAAGGAGACGCUGCAGUCACUCCCACUGACAGAAAUCAUCCGCCACUACCAGCUGCUCACGGAGGAAAACAUUCCUGAGAACCCAUUACGCUUCCUCUACCCCCGAAUCCCCCGGGAUGAGGCUUUUGGGCGCUACUACCAGAAGCCAGUUAAUCUCCAGGAACAGAGGAAGUAUCUGAAACAUAGACUCAUUGUGGUCUCCAACAGACAGGUGGAUGAGUUGCAACAGUCUUUGGAACCUAACUUGCAGCCAAAACAGGAGUUAUUAGACAUGGAGCCAAUACCAGGGCUUGAUCCAGGGCUAAGCCUGGAGUUAGGAACACUGGAUCUAGGGCCAGCACUGGAGUCUGCUCUGGAGCCCACACUUCCCACAGGACCACAAAGGGUGCCAGAGCUAAACUUGGCAACAGAGCUGACGUCUGACCUAGAGGCUGUCCCACAACCAAUGCAAGAGCCCGAUUUGCCUCAUGAUCUGAUCCACUUGAACAUUGAGGAAAUGGAAAUUUUCAGAGACCCUUCACUGAUGAUAGAAGAAAUCAUGCUAAAUGGAGACCCUCCGUUGCCUUCCUCAAGCGCCAUGGAUGAGGUUUAUAUCUCCGCCUCCAGCCAUUUCCACAUGGAUGAAUGCUGGAGUCCUGACUGCUGA